GUGGCUCCGAGAAGAAGUCCACGCAUCUGUUGAUAAGCACUGCCCUGCACACUGGGAUCCCGAAUGCUUCCAGCCGCUUGCAGAAGCAGCAAAGCGUCUGUCCGAGUUUUGAGGUAGUAGGAAGAAAAGCUUUGCCAAGAGGCUUGCUGAUUUUAAUCUUUAGAUGCUGGCUGUCAGGAUCUGUCAGUGCCUGGCGUACCUCUGGGUUCCCGUUGAAGCACAGCCUUGGAAUCGAGCAGGAAACUGAGUUUUUUUCCAGUUGGUGCAGUGACAGAAACCCAGUAAAGAGGGAUCGUGGCUGGGUCUCUCGUGAGGAUUAAGCACCCUCUCUGCUAGCCUGGAACGCCUCCCGUGUUGCAGACUCGGCCUUCAGGUCCAGGGAUUUCCUCUAAUAUGUUGGAUAAAGCCAAGACACUCCAGCCUGCCUAUGUCGGGAUUGUGCCGCUUGCAGAGACUGUGGCAAAGCAAGGGAAGAGCUGUUCGAGCCCGUACCAGGAUUCAUACCACAGCUUGCGAGAAGUGCUGCAGUUGAAGCUCCAGCAGCGACGCACACGGGAGGAGCUGGUGAGCCAAGGGAUCAUGCCGCCUCUGAAAAGUCCAGCUGCAUUUCAUGAACAGAGAAGGAGUUUGGAGCGGGCCAGGACAGAGGACUAUCUGAAACGGAAAAUCCGGUCCAGGCCAGAGAGAUCGGAGCUGGUUAGGAUGCACAUUCUGGAAGAGACCUCGGCCGAACCCUCCUUGCAGGCUAAGCAGCUGAAGCUAAAGAGAGCCAGGCUGGCAGAUGACCUCAAUGAGAAGAUAGCGCAGAGGCCAGGCCCCAUGGAGCUGGUGGAGAAGAACAUCUUGCCUGUGGAAUCCAGCCUGAAGGAAGCCAUUAUAGUUGGACAGGUGAACUACCCAAAGGUUGCAGACAACUCCUCCUUUGAUGAGGACAGCAGUGAUGCCCUCUCCCCCGAACAGCCAGCCAGCCAUGAGUCCCAGGGGUCUGUCCCAUCGCCGAUGGAUUCCCGGAUUUGUGAGCCUCUCCCUAGCACCACUGGCACAUCACUAGCUCAGGGUACGUCCCAGUUGCAGAUCAGUGCGGACUCCAGUGAAACACUUUUCCUACCUGAACAGCCCCCCCCGCCUCUGCCACCUCCACCUCUCCUGCCCCCCAGUCUUACCAAUGGAGCGGCUCUUCCUGCUGCCAAGCCCCCUCCGACGCUCAUUAAGCAAAGCCAGCCCAAGUCUACCAGCGAGAAGUCUCAGCGCAGUAAGAAAGCCAAGGAGUUGAAGCCGAAGGUCAAGAAGCUUAAAUAUCAUCAGUAUAUCCCCCCGGACCAAAAGCAGGACAAGGGAGCUCCUCCCAUGGAUUCAUCCUAUGCCAAAAUACUGCAGCAGCAGCAACUUUUUCUCCAGCUUCAGAUCCUCAACCAGCAGCAGCAGCAGCACUACAACUACCAGACCAUCCUGCCAGCUCCACCAAAGCCUCCAGGAGAGCAGCAGAGUGGUGCCAGUGCCCCUGCCGUACGCAAUCUCUCUGCCACAGUCAGCAGCAGCUCCUCGGUAUCCUCCGCUUCCAGCGGGCUGAUGCGACAGAACAGCAACGCUGCAGUGGGCAAGCCAGGCCCUCUCCCUGCCAACCUCGAUGAGAUGAAGGUGGCAGAGCUGAAGCAGGAGUUGAAGCUGAGAGCCUUGCCUGUCUCAGGCACCAAGACGGACCUGAUCGAGCGUCUCAGAGCCUACCAAGAGCAGAACGGUGCGGCCGGCCCCGCCACCCCCACUCCCAAGCCCAGCACUGCAGCCAUUCUCCCCAAAGCUGCCGAAGUGGUGGUGGCCUUCCCUGCCGCCAGGCUGAGCACGGGGCCAGCCCUGGUCACCACGGGCAUUGCACCAGCAGAAGUGGUCGUGGCCACGGUCACCGGUGGCAGCGUGAUGAAGUUCGGCAGCACGGGCUCAACUCCUCCCGUUUCUCCCACUCCUUCUGAGCGCUCGCAGAUGAGCACGGGGGACGAGAACUCGGCCACCGGAGACACCUUUGGAGAGAUGGUGACCUCACCCCUGACCCAGCUCACCCUGCAGGCCUCCCCGGUGCAGUUUCUGGUGAAGGAAGAAAGCUCCAAGCCUUCCCCCUGCAGCGUGAGCGCGGCACCCAGGGCCGAGCGGUGCAGCACCGGUAGCAGCAGAGACGCGGAAGUUAGGGACAAGGACCAGAUGCUGCAGGAGAAGGACAAGCAGAUUGAGGAACUCACCCGCAUGCUGAAGCAGAAGCAGCAGCUGGUCGAGAUGCUCAGACUACAGCUGGAGCAGGAGAAGCGCUCUCAGCAGUCCCUGCCGGCCCCAGCGGCUGCGGGAGAACGAGCCGCCCUCGCCCCCAGCCCAGCAGCGUUCGGCGUCCAGGUGAAGAGCGAGAACGGUUUCCUGAGCUGCCCGUCCGCAAAGCCAGCCAGUGGCCAAAGCGACCAAUUCAGCCCCGCGCCAGCCACCAGCCAAAUGGACACUUCGAAUCCAAGCCCAGUGCCAAAGAAAGCCGUGAUGGUGAAGCAGGAGGUGCCAGCCGCGGAUGCGGAGCCGCCGUGCCAGUCCCACAGCCCGCGGCUCUUCCUUGGCCAGCAAGGGAGCGCCCUGAGCGACCUGAUCAAGGGCAGCCCGCCCCCCACCCUCAUCACCGACUCCACCGGGACCCACAUCGUGCUCACCGUGACCAAGCCGAGCGCCGAGAGGCAGGGCCUCUCGCCCCACGGGAAGGCAGGGAGUAGCUGCCCGGCCUUGCAGAGAGUACAAUCAUCGCCCGCUAAAACUUCCAGCCAGCCACAGUGUCAGCUACCUGCAAGCACUCCUCAGCAGCCCACGCAGCAGAAGCAGCAGCAGCAACCCACGCAGCAGCAGAAGCAGCAGCAGCAGCCCCGAGGCCUAAACCAAGCUGUCAGAAAGGGUCAGAAGCCAGGCCUGCAGGUGGUCCCAGGGCAGCAGCCCCCCACCACAUUGUCUUUCUCAGCACCUCCAACCCUGCAGCCCUUCUUCCUCAACGCUUUCCACAAAGGGUCCCCGAAAACUGGUGCUCCUGGCACGGCCGGCCAACCCAGUGUGCCAAAAAAGCCCUCAUCCCAGCCUGGCUCUCCUGCUGCCCCCUCCCCAGCCCACAUGGACCUGGAGCAGCAGCAGCAGCAGCAGCAGCAGCAGCAGCAGCAGCACACGUCGCUUUUUGGAACUCCUCCACCUCCUCUCCCCGUGCCCUCGGUCCCAAUGAAAGAGCCACCAGGCUAUGAAGAGGCCAUGAAGCAACAGCCAAAGGCCCAGGAGAACGGCUGCUCCAGCCAGCAGAUGGACGACCUGUUCGAUAUCCUCAUAGAGAGCGGAGAGAUUUCUGCCGACUUCAAGGAGCAGUCGUCCCCGGCUGGAAAAGAGCCCCCUGCGGCCCCCGCCUGCCCCUCGCCGCCCAGCAGCCACCAGGCCUCGGAGCUGCCGGGGCCGGGCUCCAUGGGGCAGCCGGUGCCCGUGGGCCGGCUGGAGGACUUCCUAGAGAGCAGCACCGGCCUCCCGCUGCUGACGGCGGGCCACGACGGGCCGGAGCCCCUGUCCCUGAUCGACGACCUCCACAGUGAGAUGCUGAGCAGCUCGGCCAUCCUGGACCACCCGCCUUCACCCAUGGACACCUCGGAAUUGCACUUUGCUCACGAGCCGGCCGGGGGCAUAGCCCUGGAUCUGGCUGAGGCUAAUUUGGACAGCAUGGACUGGCUGGAGCUGCCGGGGGGGUCCGUCAUGAGCCUGGCUCCCCUCAGCACCGCGGCUCCCAGCCUCUUUUCCACAGACUUCCUUGAUGGACAUGACCUGCAGCUGCACUGGGAUUCGUGCUUGUAACUCUGUGAGCGGAGACUGAAGGGAACGGGCGUGGGAGGGCACGGGCAUGCAGGGGGAAGAGGCCAGUCAACCAAAAAAAAAAAAGAAAAAACACAAAAAAAAACACACAAAAAACACACAAAAAAAAGAAAACAACAAAAAAAAAAGAAAAAAAAGAAAGGAGCUCCUAGUAUUUGUACUCCUCCCCCAACAGUGUCCUUCCUGCAUGAAGCAGGCCAGGGAGGCUGCAGCUCUGGGGCUGGCGGCCUUGGGCCAGCUCGGGUGAGGAGGGAGCCGGCAGGAGCCGUGUGCUGGGAUGUUCCUGGGCAUGACUUCCCUCGCGCCUCGCUGCAGGAUGUGGCAGGAUUGGUCCCGAGCCCGUCCCAAAAGCAGCAGCACGCUCCUUGCAGGGACGGCAGCUCCGGGAGGCUGUCGGGGAGGGCCCGGUGUGCUGCAGGGCCGCGGGGAGCUGGGCAGAGCAGGCAGCUUUUCCCAACGUAGCCAAAGGAAACCAGGGUUUCCCAGCGGCCUGGUACUGUCCAAGCUGGUUUCCCAAAUCCUGCUGAGCUUGGCAGAGGCCUGCCCGCUGCUUCACUUGCUUUGGGCUGCAGAAACGGUUCGGUUCUGUUUUUCUUUUCUUUUUUUUUUUUAAGGUGCUAAAAUCCAGAUCCUUGUGUGUUAACCAUGUCCUUCGCUGCCCCCAGACCUCUGGCUGUGCCUGGAGCCCACCCCUCGGCCCCAGCCGCCCCUGGGGAGCGUGCGGCGGGCACAGCUGGCAACGAGCAACAUAUCAUUCGGGGCCACGUGCAAUCGCUCUUCUGCCUUCAGCUGCGCUGUUCCUCCCUGCAGCAGGUGCCUCAAGUGUAAGGAGCUCCCCCCAGCCCUCCAAACGGGUGCCUGUGCCCCGAGGAAGGCUGGCAGGGCCCGCAGGCAAGGAAAGGGAAGAGGCGCUGCCCCAAGGGGUGAGAAAGGAAGGGGCAGCUGCUCUCGGCUCUGCUGCAGCAAAUCCUCAGUGCUUCCCUGCAGGUCUGUGAGGUAAAAGGUUAAAAAAAAGCAACCUCGCUGCUCCCUGCGGGCUGCUGCCCUGCGCUCUUUGCAGCACAACAUUUUGGAGACUGGGCAAGGGCCGUGUUAUAGCCUGUUCCCCCCACCCUGGCAGCUGCCCAGCCAUGGGACCAUGUGGGCACAGGAGGCGAGUGGUUUCUUACGAGGAAAGUAGGGUGGCAUGGUGGAAAGGGGGAUGAGAACCUUCCCUCCAAGGUUUUAAAGGCUAAGGGGGGAAAAAAAAAAAUGAGGCUGCCUGUUUGUCGUACUCAGCAAAAUCAGCUCCUUUUAGCCCGCAGUGAGCUCAAGGUUAGCCCUCCCCCCCCCCCAAAAAAAAAAAAAAAAAACAAAACAGCUGUGUGAGUUCUUUUGUACGAGGAAAUACCAAGUGGCAAUUAGUAAAGAAUUCAAGUAUCCAAGUGCAAUUUGCUCCUGCAGGAGGGUGGGAGCACUCCACCUGCAGCCCCCCGCUCCUUGCUGGCAGUGGUGCCAGCGCCCGAUUUCACCCUUCCCCUGGGUGGGCAGCGAAAGGAGGAGCUCCCAGGUGCUCCCCUUCGCCUUUACCUCCCCACCUCCGCUCGUGAAACCUGUCGGAAUUCAUUCAAUUUGCCCAACGGACUUGAAAUUGGCUGAGGAAACCCGCGACCCUGCCGGAGCCCCUCUGCACAAAGGGCUUCUGCCAGGAGAGCACACAAAAACCUCGUGGCCAGGGGCAGGGGGAAGACAGCGUCUUGUCCCAGGAUAUCCCAGAGUGAUCUUUUCCCUGAGACAUGCCCGGAGGAGGCCAGCCCGGUUCUCUGCUUUCUUACUAUUAUUUGUUUGAAUAAUAGUUCAAUAGUUCUUUGUUGGAAGAGGUAUUCCCCUGGAAGGACGUUUUUUGCACCCAUUGGGAAAAGAAAGAAAGAAAAAAAAAAAAAAAAAGCCUGAUGUUCUGCCUCUACCUUGAAUGUAAUCCUGAAUCUUUCUGCUGUAACCACUACUUGUUUGUACCGUGUAUUUGACUAGCACGCACUCCCCCUUCCACUAUGCAGCGAGCGGCGAGGGGUGGGCAGCACCGCCCGCGAGGGACGGCGCUGGGGCAUGGGAUCCAGAGCGAGUGUUCAACUGGAAAAGGCGACGAGGUGACGGGGGAGAGAACGGAUCUUUAAAUUGAAUUAUUUUUUCAGUUACAAAUAUUUGAAGAAAAAAAAAAAUCCAUUUUAUUAAAAAAAUUCCAAACA